AUGGCGCAAAGCUCGCAACCGCCCCCGGCCUCGACGUCGCUCUUCCACGACCCGCACGCUCCACCUGCCAGGAGGCUGUCGCUGCGCCAUCCACCACAAAAGGAGCUGGGAGACAUGUCGCAGCCCCAGCCCCGCGAAGGACUGUCCCGGGAACACGACCUCCACGACCGCCCCCGCUCACGGCACCAUCUUGGCAGCGAAGAAGCCGACAAGGAGGCCGAAGAUAAGGACGACUCGAUAUCCAUCUCCUCGACCAGCAAGCAGGCCGCGAAGACGGUGCAGCCGUUUCUGGCCCAGCACAUCCCCAGCCAGUACAAUCCCCUCGGCAACGCCUCUCAGCCCAGGGUCAUGAGCAACAAAUCAAACACAAAAUACUGCUAUCGCCACCGCCCCGAUGUGAAGUGCAGGAGGCAGGUCAACGAGCCGUCCAUGGAGCAGCUCCAGAAGGAGCUUGCGAUGCUGUCCCAGUCCGACCAGCAGGGCAUUGCCCAUGUCUGGUCGCUUUUCUCUGCCGCCCCCGCAAAACACCGUAACCUCAUGCUCCAGGGUAUCCUCGCCCAAUGCUGCUUCCCUCAGCUCUCUUAUGUCUCCGCGGCCGUUCGCGAUCUGAUCAAGAUUGACUUUCUCGCCGCCCUCCCUCCGGAGCUUGGCUUCAAGAUCCUCUGCUACCUUGAUACCACUUCGCUAUGCAAAGCCUCGCAAGUGAGCCGGCGAUGGCGGCAGCUUGCCGACGACGACGUGGUGUGGCACAAGAUGUGCGAGCAGCACAUUGACCGGAAAUGCACCAAAUGUGGCUGGGGCUUACCGCUCCUUGAGGCCAAGAGGCUGCGGACCGAGAAGCGUCAGAUGCAGCUCAGAGCGACAGGGAGAAGAUUGAACGAGCUGGCAGAGCCGAGCGAGGUCAAUGCUGGCGAUGCCGCAUCCCGGACUGCCAGCCCCAGCCCCAGCCCUGGACCCAGCAACCUGAAGCGACGCAUCUCCGAUGACGACUCGGGCGCCAGCACUCCCAAACGGACCUGCACGGCUGGACCCAGCUCCGGUUCGCAAGACGUUGCAUUCCAGACUCGCACCAAGCGGCCAUGGAAAGAUGUCUACAAGGACCGUUUCAAGGUCGGCACCAACUGGAAGUAUGGCCGGUGCAGUACGAAAAUACUGCGUGGUCACACAAACGGCAUCAUGUGUUUGCAGUUCGAUGACAACAUCCUCGCGACGGGCUCCUACGACGCCACAAUCAAGAUCUGGGACAUCAACACGGGCGAAGAAAUCCGGACACUCACCGGCCACACGGCGGGGGUGCGGUGUCUGCAGUUUGAAGACAACCGCUUGUUCAGUGGUGGCCUCGAUCGCACCAUCCGCCUGUGGAACUGGAAGACCGGUGAACUGCUCCGAACUUUUCCCGGCCACACGGGGGGCAUCGUUUCGCUCCACUUUGCCAAUAACAUUCUCGCGACUGGAUCCAUGGACCACACCAUUCGGGUGUGGAACUUUCCCGACAAGUCCACUUUCAACCUCAAGGGCCACACGGACUGGGUCAAUGCGGUUAAGAUCGACGGCGCCUCACGUACCAUUUUCUCGGCGUCUGAUGACUGCACCGUCAGGCUGUGGGACCUCGAUACCAAGCGCUGCCUGAAGAUCUUCCACGGCCAUGUUGGGCAGGUCCAGCAAGUGCUGCCAAUGCCGCCCGAGUUCGAGCUGGACGACGAAGAAGUCGACCCUCACUCGGAUCACGAUCAUGAGCCGGAGACCCCUGAUGCUGAUCCUCAAAACAUGCUGCGCUACUUCAACGGUCCCAUCACCCCUCCUUACGCGUCAGACGAGUCAAGGGCCUUCUACCCUGAUCAGCCCCAGCGUCCACAGCCGCCGCGCUACAUGAUCACCGGCGCGCUCGACGGUACGAUUCGCCUGUGGAGUGUGGCAACAGGCCGCUGUCUUCGCACCUUCUUCGGCCACGUCGAGGGCGUGUGGGCCAUCGCGGCCGACACGCUGCGUCUCGUCUCUGGUGCCGAGGACCGCAUGGUCAAGGUGUGGGAUCCGCGUUCCGGCCGCCACGAGCGGACAUUCACCGGACACGCCGGGCCCGUGACCUGCAUCGGCCUGAGCGACUCCAAGCUCGUCUCUGCGGGCGAGGAUUGCGAGGUCCGCAUCAUGAGCUUCGGCUGCGGCGGGGAACACGGCGUAACCACCAUCGGUCCCGCUCGGGAACGCACGGAGGACGCUGUGGCGGGGGAAACUGAUGGCAGCCAACCGCCGCCAGAAACCCCAGCUGGAGAGCCAUCUUCCAGCACAUGA